GCCCUCACCUUUCCUGUCCUCAAUUCAACCCUAAUGACCUCUCCAACUUCUUCUCUCUAAAUUUCACUUCACUUCAAGUCAUUCCUUCGUGAUUUUUCUCUUUCUAAAUUUCCUUCAUGAGAUGUCAAUGAACCAUGUCUGCAAAGGAGCUCGACGCGCUCCUGGCAACAUCCGCGCACAAAACACAGCACGAGCUUCUUGCAUUUGCACAACAGCUUGCAGGUAUCGGCAAUGACUACGGGCUGGGGUCCACCGUAGACAAAUACCUGCAGGCAUUCCAGGAUAGUUCCGCCUCAGCAAGCAAACGCCGCUGGAUCGGUAUUGUUCUCUGCAAGCUCAUUAAUUCUUCUACACAUGCGGUUUCUCACCUAAAGGAGCACCCAAAACAACUCAAUGGAUUGGGCGAGAUUCUCCUGAGUGACGAGUUAGCGGAAGCCAGAGUCAUCGCUUGCAUUAUCAUGAAGCACGCUAUGCAGCAUCGACUUCACUAUGAAAGCUUCUGGCCAUCCGACAAGAUACCGAACAGUGUGCGCAAUUUCCCGGAUUCUUCUGGCCAUGAAUGGAUGGGAAAGCUGGAAAGGUUCCUUGACACACUACACGACCUGAAGGUGACAAAAGCCUCGAAUCAGUACGACAUCUUCUACCCUGUUGUCAUCAGUAGCGCCGACGGUUUUCAAUCGGCAACUUCGCAAUCCCUGGUGCUCUUUGGCCUUGUACAAGAUGAGAAACUCACUAUCGUAACCUCCAAUGAUCUGAUGGUACCUUCGAGUUUCACCGAUAUCUCCGUAUCUGGUAUACAUGGAACAAGCCUAAGACAAGGGCGACUGUACGAUUCACAAGACCGACAGAUCCCCCAAGAACCGUGGGACGUUGUGAUAUCUUUCGACUCGGCGCAUUAUGCAUAUUCGGUCAAUGGAGUGGAGCACCAUACCACUGAGUUUGUGAUCAUGCUCAAAAGCCUUGAUGAUGCCAAAUACGUCCAACGUAUUAUUGAGGACAUCCGACCUACUAAUGCCAAUGUCACCCACCAACGCGCAAGUACGUAUCGAAUGCGUAGUACUCGAGUUUUACGCUUGGGCGCCGAGUCCCCACAGCUGGAAGAUGAUCAAAUUGGCGACUCUUCUACAUUUAUGGAUGCCACAUUGGCGGCAACACAAACUCAUAGAUCCGAGAAGAUAGCAGACAGUAACAAGCGCAAUAACGGUCAUGCAUCAAAGGAUUUGUCAAGCCACGUCAGUACCAAAGCUCAAAAAGCUCCAGCCGCUGGUGCACUACCCAAAGUAAAAAAGACGAAGACUGCAAAAGCCAGCACAAGCACAAGAAAACGUAGUCUCGAAGCUGCAUUCGACGAUUUCGACGUCCCUCCCGACCACCCCAAACCCAAAAGCCCACCUAGAAAACGCCUCAGGGGCCCGAGUGUCAGCAAGACUAAAGAAACCACUGCUCGAAAGCUCGUUAACAGAAAGGAAAAAACCGGAACAGCAAGCGCUACGCCAGCUGAGCUUCGGCAAGUUAUUGACUCUGAAGAUGAAGAUGUAGUGACGGACUCUGUGCACACGAGUACCGUCAAAACAAAAGACCAACCAAGGAACACGAAGCCUAAAUCUGAGGCGGGCGACCAACACUCUCGCAAAAUGCUUGCUUCGACAUCCUCCAGGCAUCCUCAAGAGAGGACCGGACGUCGCGGCUUACGAGCCGCUAAGCGGGUCAAUUAUGAUGAAGGAGAAACAUCAGAUCCUCAGGCGAUCGACCCUGACUUUGUCGUACCAAAAGAACAUGGCUCUUUCUCGUUCAAGAAGGUUCAGAAGAAUACAAGGAUCACCAAGCCGGCGACUAGCUCCAAAUCUACGAAGAGAACUAGGAUUAGCAAGACACAAAAACCUGGGUCCGGACUACACUCGAUUUCGCCUACUAAACACUCUGUCCUUUCCAAUCUUGUAAUCGGGGACAGCAUGGAAGGGCACGAUCAACUCUUGAAUGACUUAGCAGGAUCUGUCAUGUUCCCCAGCUCACCAUCUCCGGUUGUUCAAGCGCCUACAACAUCACUGGUGUCCAACACGCUCAAUCGGGAAACCAGUGUCUUGAACAGGUUGAAUGAAGGAAGUCAAACGCCGCUCGAGGACCAUGCGGCAAUGCAGGAACAAGACGCUGAUUUCUUACAGCCAUUGGUAUUAUCGCCUGCACCACUAAAUAUUGCACUGCCUGCAGAACCCUUGCCCCGUAUUCCUAGCUCGCCCUUGCCGAAUGCAGAAGUAAAGACAUCAUUGCGUAGAAGCAAUACUGACAUGCCCCCUCCUGCAACACCACGGUAUCGAAGGACUUUCAGUGGUAGCGAUGGAAUCGGAGAUGUUGCUAAAAGUGCAGAGCUCACGCAUCAACCAUCCUCAACUGCUCCAUCGCGGAUUGUGGAUGACCCAGAAAGCCCCUGUGGUGAUCGGAAUAAAUCACAACGGAAUUCGGCAAGUUGUGCAAAGAAAGACUCAUACAACGACGUGGCUGCAGCGAUGUAUGGGUCAAACAAGUUGAUCUCUAAUCCACAUUUUGGAUCUCAAGGAAAAGGUUUAAUGGAGGGGCGACAUACUCGGACUCCAAUCCAGAAUAUCUCACGGUGGCUCCCGUCAAGUGGUUCAGACGCCGUACAGGUGCUGUCGAGCAACAGCAAACCGUUGCCCGCCCCACCAACCGCACCCUCGCGAGCUAUUUCUGGAUAUUCUGAUGAAAGGGAAGUGGAUGCUGAGAGGAGAAUGGGGGAUUUCGAGAUGGCUAAAAGAGACCCUUUCAGUAAAUCAGGCAUGAGCACAGCAAAUUCCCUGUUUACACGAAAGUUGACAGCUGGCUUGGCCGAAACACAACACACAUCUGUGAAAGCCACUACAGAAGCAGAGGUUAUUGUCCUUGACGCUGAUGAACCGCAUCACACGCCUUUGAGUAUUAGAAAAAAGCGUUCUGAACAUAUCGGCAUCAAUGUGCCCUCGCCUACAAUCCACGAACGUUCUCCUGUUCGAUUUUCUCGUGGAAAUGCUCGUCCUCAACCAAGGGACAACCGAUCAGGACUAUCAACGUCAGUAUCGAAGGUUCAGGAUAGCCUGAAUCGGAAAACCCGACAGCCACUACAGAUGGUUCAGAAGCCUCGAGAAGCAGAUGUACCGGACAGAGAGGAUGACGACUUUGCUGCCGAUGACACCCUGGUUGCAGAUGACGAUGAUCUACUGCCAGUGCACAUAACGUCAUCGCCGCCCUCCGAGGGUGGUUGCAGUAGAGGAAGCUCUACAUCUGCCGAGGAAGCCGGCCCCAGGUCUGACUCUUCACUUCCGACCGAAGAGGCGGAAGAGCUCAAGUGGGAAGAAAGUCUGCAACCGCACCAACUUGCUCUAGAGAAGCAACUCUUCCGUGUCUCUCGUCGCGUCAUGAGGCACAUUGUGGACCACGAGACGGCCGUGACAGAUAUUGUCGAUACGUUUAACAGGGAUGGCGAGCAGCUCGUAAGUGACUUCAGUGAGCGCAAUGAGGAGGAAGUGGUCAAGAUACUCGACGACAUCAACAACAGGAGGGCCAGUAUGCAGAGCGAGUUCCAGAGGGUUGCCGAAUCUCUCCGCGAGGAGAGACGUCGUUCGAGGUCUGCUAGUGAGGUAGCGGGGCCACGUUCAGACCGAGCUACCAUCGGCAAAAGAAAAUCGCAUGAGAUCAAUUAAAGGAUUGUUGCUAUUUGAGGAGUUACAAGGAAUACUAAUGCAUAGGGAAGGCGACAGGAGAAAGGGAGAAACGGAAAAGGGUGGGUGGAUGGAAAUCAUGUCCAACGGCGUUCAUCGUUGUUUGCAUUACACGAAUAAUUGUCUCUAACGACCUCAAGCGGUUGCAUAUCACUUUCCAAACCAAGUCUUCGGAACCUUUUUCAUCUACGGAUUACUACGAUUACCAUCCACUUUAUCGGCGUCUUGAUUUUCGGUGGGAGGCCUAGGACUCAUCGACUGGGCGGUGGGAGGGAAUUAUCAUGUUUCACGGCGUUGUGUUAUAACCUGUAGUAUACAUUGUAGUAUACAUUACAACAGGCGGACCUAUACCUUCAUUCACAGGGCUGUCAGCGGCAUAUUCGCUGGCAACCAUUACCGCACACGCACACACAGGCGUGCACGCACAGUAGACACAUAUAGACUAAUUAAUG